AUGGCGAGCAACACUAAUAAUAGUAAGAAUCAGAGGACAAAGAUGAGUCUUGUGUUGUCAAGAGAUGCUAAGCCUAGAUUAAAAUGGACUUGUGAGCUUCAUCACAGAUUCAUCGAAGCCGUUAAUCAACUCGGUGGACCUAACAAAGCAACACCUAAGAGUUUGAUGAAGGCUAUGGAGAUUCCUGAGCUUACCUUGUAUCAUCUCAAGAGCCAUUUACAGAAAUAUCGACUAGGAAAGAUCCUGAAGUUCGAUGAUAACAAGCUAGAAGCAGUUUCAUCAGCUUUAGAAACCCAAAUAUUUGAGAGUAAAAACGAUUCUAGAGAUUUCAAAGGCAGUGUGAACGAAGAAAACAACAAUCCAGCUAACGAAGGCGUGCAGAUCACGGAGGCCUUACAACUGCAGAUGGAAGUUCAGAAGAAACUUCAUGAACAAAUCGAAGUUCAGAGGCAUCUGCAAGUGAAGAUUGAGACACAAGGCAAGUAUUUAGAGUCAGUUUUGAUAAAAGCUCAACAAACUCUCACUGGCUACACAUCUUCCACUCUCGGCAUAGACUUUGCAAGAACCGAGCUCAACAGGUUUGCUUCACUGGUGAAUCCUAGUUCGUCGUUCUCAGAGCUAACGCAGGUGGAAGAAUACGGAGAAGCAGAAGGUUUCUUGUGUGACAAGAAAAUAGAAAAUAGAGGACUUAGGCAGCUGAGAUGUUCAGUUGAGAGCUCCUUGACAUCUUCAGAGAUCUCAGAGACAAAACUGAAUAAUGAUAAGGACGAGAGACAAUCGAUGGAGCUUCCGUUGAUGGAGAUCAAAUCAGAAGUGAUGA